GUGGGUUCUUAGAUUGAGUCUACAGGUUUGUCAGUCAAGGGUUAGAGUCUACGUGGUGAGGAGUGGAAUCAUUCUGAUUGUGCACCUAUCACCAUGGUGGAGACCCGUACUGGGCUAGAGACUAACCCCUAUAGCAAGGAGCAGCAAGAAAAGAUGGCCGCCUUAGUCAGAGAGAACAAGGAGAGAAAAGAGCGCGAGAAGCAGGCGAAGCUAAAGGCUAUCGCAGAUGAGCAGGCGGCGAAGAUGAAGAGGUUGGAGGAGGAGAUGAAGAGGGUACAACAGGAGGAGGAAGAAAGAAGGAAGGCUGCUGAAGAAGAAGCGGCAGCAGAAGAAGAGAAAGAGAGAAUGAGAAUUGAGAGUGGAGAAGGGAGCAGUGGUGGCACGAUGAAGUGGGAGACAUAUACUGAGAUGGAGAAGAAGAUCAGCGAGUGGGUCGCUAAUUUAUCGUUGGGGGAAGACGAGGAGGCGGAGUCCUAUGAGUGUAGAGCGGAGGUGCUGGCCCAACCAGAUGAUAAGGCCAAGUGGGACAAGGUACUGGGCUAUCUAGAGGUCUUGGGCAAGGCCUGGAUGGAAGAGCGCCAGGCAAGUUGGAGCCAAAAUGUAGCCUUGAGUGCCAUGCGGUCAGGGUUUAGAGACUUUGCGCGCGAGAUCGUCACCCAUAUUGGGGGCGAAGUCAAACAGUUGAGAGACCAUGUAGGGAAGUUUUGUGAGGGCGCCAUUCAGGGUGCCAAAGCUGUAGCCGUCGCAGAGGGAGAGGCCAGGCCCCGUAAGGACCCAGUGAAGCUUAAGUUUCCGGAUGCGUACGGGGGARAGAAGGAAGAAAACUUUGACAACUGGGAAGCCAGUGUCAAUAGUUAUAUUUACUUGCAGCAUAUCCUGGCCGAGGAACAAGUCCUUGUGGCCUUCCAGACCCUCAAAGAUGAAGCGGCUAGCUUCGCCAGGUCUCUUGUGCGUACAGCCGGUUGUGAAAACAACCUGGUUGCAUAUUCCAAAGUCACUCCUCUUUCCCAAUUCCUCAAGCUCCUCAAGGAGCGGUUCGCUGACCCAACGCGAGGCAUUAGAGCCUCUGAUAAGCUUCAAACGAUCCACUCCCAGCAGUGGAGGAGUGCCAAGGCACUCAAGGGUACUAUGGACGACUUGGUAGCCGUCCCGGACCACGGGGUCACUGAGCCCCAGCUGGUCCAGUUGUUUUAUCGUGCCAUUCUGGAGGCCCUACGCGGGCAUUUCUUUGACAAAUCUCAGCAGGCCGGCAUGACUUACGAUGCGUUGAGUAGAGAAGUCGUCCUGUAUGAGUCGAAGUCUAUGCCAGUUACCACUUUCUGGCAUAAGGACCUGGAGAAGGGGAAGAAGUGGAAAGAUCGUACCAUCUCGGGCCAAGUCAAGGCCAAGGAUCACUUGAUCCUGACAUUAGAGGAGGGUGGUACAGAAGAGGUCCCAUAUGAUCAGAUUGAGUGUAGGGCAGGGGAGGUCUUACGCUGCUUAGUCUAUCUAGACGAUAUCGUAGUUUUUAGUAAGACCCUCCAGGAGCAUCAGGGUCAUCUGAGGCAGGUCUUGGAGAAGCUUAGAGAGGCUAACUUCAAGAUCAACGCGAAGAAGUGCGAGUGGGCCAAGACGCAAGUUUUGUACUUGGGCCACGUAUUAGACGGAGAUGGCAUCAAGCAAGAGGACAGCAAGAUCGCGGCGAUUAGAGAUUGGCCGACGCCCCGCACAUCGACAGAGUUGCGGUCGUUCCUAGGCUUAGCUAACUACUAUCGGAAGUUUGUGAGGAACUUCUCCACUAUCGCCGCUCCCUUGCGCCGAUUGCUGAAGAAAGAGGCAAUCUGGCAAUGGGACAAAGACUGUACGUCUGCGCUCAAGAAGCUAAAGCGCGCGUUAAUAGARCAUCCUGUCCUCAAAGUUGCAGAUCCGUCUUUGCCAUUUGUCGUCACCACGGACGCGAGUCAGUAUGGGAUAGGCGCCGUGUUGCAGCAAGACGACGACAAUGGCUAUAGAYCCGUAGAGUUCAUGUCAGCGAGGAUGCCCUGUGAAAAGGUUGCUGCCUCCACGUACGAGAGAGAACUCUACGCUCUCAGGCAGGCUUUAGAUCAUUGGAAGCACUACCUGCUUGAGAGGCACUUCAAAGUGUAUUCGGACCACGAAACGCUUAGAUGGUUAAAAACUCAGACCAAUAUGACACCUAAGUUGACUAGGUGGGCCGCAAAGAUAGACCAAUUCGACUUUGAGCUCAAGCCAGUGAAGGGCAAGUAGUUGCGGAUGCUCUUAGUAGGAGAUCAG